ACAACAAGAAAAUCUCCAUGGAAACGUCAACUGUGGGCCUGCCGUGUUCUGUGCCGAACAUUCGGAACCGCGUUAUCUUCUCUUAUUAGCUGUCGCAGUAAUCACCUACAGCAUCGGGUAUUUAGUUUAUAGACUUUUCACACAUAAAAUGUUCCUGGUUAACAAAUAUGCGAACAUUUUACCAAGCUAACGUAGCAGCAAACCCGAAGCCUGUGUUUGUGCAUGAUUGCUAAAUAAAUGGCAGAGUGCUGGAACACAAACACCGGGGAUGCUGUUUAUCGCUCCCGGGAUGCCGUCAAAAACUUAAAAAUAAAAGUGUGUCUACAGAGGGUGACCUCCACAGCUGCCCUCUCUCAGCACCUCCAGCACCAGGUUCUGUCCCAGAAGGACAAGGGAGACAUUGAGCUGGAGACCCUCACAUCACAGGGCCAGACAGGUGAUAAUGAAGAGGAGAUGAUGGUUGGCUGGCAGGAGAAACUCUUCAGUCAGUAUGAAAUGGAGCUGUUUCAGAACGAAGCAGCCUGUCAGACCCCUCUGGACCGCCAGUACCACACCGAAAUCAGGGCCCUCAACAAGGCCAAGGGCCGCCGCAAUCAGAGAAUUUUCACCUACACCGACCAUGACCGCUACACCAACUGUCUCCCACUCCACCAAAUGCAGCAAAAUGACCUGGUCUCCACAACCAAAUCGAGUCCCACUUUCCUGGCUGAGAGGAUGGCCAGCGUCAGACACAGACGGCAGGAGAGGCGCACUAUGGAUAGUAGCAUCCCCAAGUCAAGAAUCAUCAACUGGGAACCCACAGAGGAGUUUGUAAAGAGCAGUCGUGUGGUGAAUAAUGCCAUGCAGACCAUGCACAUCAUGGGUGACUUGGGCCCACCUGGAAAGUUGGGCCAGAAAGAGAAUGAAUGUUUGCUGGCCACCAUAAAAACAGACGGCAGCGGAACGAUCAUUGUAAAACCCGACUUCAACAAAGGCAGAGAGCCCUACAGGAUUGUUACGGAGGGGGAGAAGAGAGAACUGUGGCGCUUCACUUUGGAGAACGUAUCCACAGUGAUGAAACCAGAGGAACGAGACAGGGAGCAGAACAUGUACAAGGAUUUGUAUGGCAGGCACAAGGAGUACCUCAACAGCCUUGUAGGACAGGACUUUGAAAUGCCCCCUGCAGGUAUUCUACGUUACCUGCUGCAUGGAGAGAUAGUGUCAGCUAAAGGUUAUGAAUAUGAUAACUUAUACAUCAACUUCUUCAUGGAACUGCCGAAUAACUGGUCCAGCUUACCGUUCCAGCCUUUGUCAGGAGUUACCCAGACCUGCAGGACCAAAUCAUUGGGCAAAGAAAACGUAGCUUUUUUCGGCUACCCUUUCAGCUUUGAGGCUUUUUACAUAAGUGAAAAGGAGAGCGAAGAAUUAAUUCCCCAGUGGCCAGUGCUUUACUUCAAAGUCCUGUCCCUUGACUCCUGGCAGCGUUAUCGUACUGAAGGUUACGGCUAUCUGCUUUUUCCUGCCAUUCCUGGUAAGCAUUCAGUGAAGUGUCACACGUGGAGACCUGUUCAGGCAGGGACAGCCUCUGCUUUGAGGCGCUUCUUUAUCGGAGGUUCCGCAGAACUGGAAGACAACAGCUACGUCCGAAUACCAGGGACAUUUAAGGGAGAGAGGCUGAGUCGCUUUGGCUUUUGCACUGAAACCACAGGAAGCGUUACGUUUAGUCUACACUGCAUCCAGCAAGCCAGGGCCUUUGUUGAUGCUGGGCUUCUGAAGAAGAGGAGACAGAAAGUGGUUGACCAGCUCGGAGGUUUUAGCCAGCAGGGAACAGUCUGCAGCAUUCUGGAGGCUUACCAGAGGGCUCACAAAAGGCUGCAAGAGGCCAGAGAAAGUCUUCCAAGAGAUGUCCUUAACUCUACUGCCCAACUCCAGCUGGAAUCCUCCGCAUAGGAGUCAAAAUGAAGCUCAAAGCAGAUAAUUCAUUAUAAUUAGAGAUGAUGAUUAGUGCACUUCUACUGGAAAAGCACUAGCUAUCACCUUGAUGUUUUUCAAUGCACAUAUAGACGCAGAAAUGUGGAUGCCAGGAUGAGUAAUAGUUUGGUAAACAAAGGAAUAACAAGUUGCUUGUAUUCUUUUGUUUCCCUUUGGCUUUAAAUUAUUUCAUAGUUAAUUUUAGAUCCAAAAGUGCUGAUUUUCUUUACUUUUUAUAAUCCACUUUAAUGCAAUUUGUAAAAUGAUGCAUCUAUUAUUGGUGUGAAAUAAACAUGUAACAGUAA